UGUUUUAAAUUAAUUUGGGUGGAGUAAUAAUAAAUAUUACGAAGAUAUAAAUUAUAUCAACUUUAACUAUGAAGUGUGCAAACGAAAAAGUUUAAACAUUUAAUAAUCGUCUUAUAAAACAUCAGGUCGAAGUUUAAAUAUUUAAUUACUGUUCAUUAUAUGCUUAUAUUCACCUUCCAACUGGCUUAUAAACGUAAGUGUUGAUGGAAAAAAAACACAAUUAUAGAACACUUACAUGAUUUGAUAUUUUGUCUGCUCACUACGUUUAAAAAUGUUUCAAAAUCUUGAGACUUGUUUGGAGAAAUAUAUUCCACAGGAAGAAUUAAGUCAUGUGCAAAGGAUUCUAUAUGGAAAAAAAUUAGAAGAACUUCAGCUACCAGAAUCCUGUAUUAAUAAUAAAGAUGAUGUGGAAGUUAAAGGCUACAAAUUUGAUAGUUUAACUGAAGAGUUAAGAGAAAAACGGAUUGUAAGAAUUGGAGUUAUUCAAAAUCAAAUUGUUCUUCCAACAACAGCUCCUUUAGCCGAACAACGUAAUGCAAUUUAUCAAAGGAUUAGCAAAAUAAUAUCACUUGCUGCUGAGGCUAACGUAAAUGUGUUAUGCCUUCAAGAAGCCUGGCCAAUGCCUUUUGUGUUUUGUACAAGAGAAAAAUUUCCAUGGUGCCAGUUUGCUGAAUCAGCUGAAACAGGGCCUACAACUAUGUUUCUAAAAGAUAUAUGUAAACAGUACAACAUGGUUAUUGUAUCACCAAUUCUGGAACGUGAUGAACAAGAAGUGAUAUGGAAUACAGCUGUCGUCAUAGAUAACUUUGGCAAAGUAAUCGGAAAGCAUAGAAAGAACCAUAUACCCCGAGUGGGUGAUUUUAACGAGUCUACUUACUACAUGGAAGGAAACACGGGACAUCCUGUUUUUGAGACAGCGUUUGGUCGAAUUGCAAUCAAUAUUUGUUAUGGGCGCCAUCACCCACUGAAUUGGUUGAUGUUUGGAUUGAAUGGAGCUGAAAUUGUUUUUAACCCAUCAGCUACAAUUGAUGGUUUAAGUGAGACACUUUGGGGAAUUGAAGCCAGAACAGCUGCAGUUGCCAAUAGUUAUUUUUCUUGUGCCAUCAACAGAGUGGGUACAGAAACCUUCCCAUCAGAGUUCACUAGUGGUGAUGGUAAACCAGCGCAUAAAAAUUUUGGCCAUUUUUAUGGUUCGAGCUAUAUUACUGCUCCUGAUGGUUCAAGAACGCCUGGUCUUUCUAGGACUCGCGAUGGAUUGUUAAUAUCAGAAAUAGAUUUGAAUCUUUGUAGACAAGUAAAGGAUCAUUGGGGUUUCCAAAUGACUCGAAGACUAGAUUUAUAUGCAGAUUCAUUGGCAGACAUAGUAAACUCUAAAUAAUUGUAUUCACUUCAAAAGGGAAUAACAAUAGCUAAUAAAUAUUAUAUCUAGUACAAACUUCUAAAUUACAUUGUUAUGCACUUUUA